AUGGCCAUGGACGCCGAAAGCCUCGCGUCAUGGAUUGUCCUGCUCUUUUCCAUCUUUCGAUGGCUAUUGCACAUUUUCUUCGCAACAGGAUACAUCAUCCUCUGCAAGUGGCUACAGCACAUUCGCAACCACGAGUUUGACCAGCAGCACCGGAAAAUCGAUCGAAGAUACUGCCAAAUGGCCACCGUCUUUUAUGGCAUCGCCGCCGCUGCCCACCUGAUCGCCCUCCUGAAAAUGAUGUACCGUGCCAUGGCAGGCUACAGUUCGGAUCGGCAGGAGAAGAAUUGGUGGGAAUUUUUGGGAUCGGGGAUCAAGAUGCAAGUUGCGAGUCUCUGUCUGACGGCCGUUGUCCUUACCGGAUCACAAUCUCGAUAUCAGAGCAGUUACCUCCAGGGCCGAAACGUCACGGUGGGCGUCGAGCUGGACGUCAAGACGGGUAUCAUGCGGUACGCCAGGAUGAAGCCUUAG